AUGUCCGAGCGCCAGCCUGACGUUAGCAACGGUGUCUUCUGGAAGCCGUUUAUGCCUGCCCUCUACAUUGGAGCUGCAACCGGGGCUUGUGGUGCCGCAUACGGUGGUGUAGCCGGCACUCUCAUCCAGACUUCAAAUCCAUUAGCAUAUACUACAAUCUCUGCAACGCAAUGGUUCUGUGCAGGCACCACCUUCUUCUGUCUCUGUCUCUGUUCAAAUUUCGGGCUGGCACUAGCUAAUGUUUCGUCAGAUUGCCGGAGCGUAUUGCUGGCAGGACCUUUAUCUCGGGAUAAAGACUUGCACAAAGUCGCCGCAAGUGGCAUUGCAGGUUCAUGCUCUGGAGCAGUGAUUGCAACCUUUUUGCCUCGAGGAAGCCUGGUGACUGGCAGCAUCAUGUUCGGAGUGAUUGCCGCUCUGUCUCAGGCAGGACUAAACGCCGCGGAAGGCUCUCCGUCUAUUACUCAACUAUCUUCCCGCCUGGGGAACGGUUUCGCUGCUUUUACUCCUAUGAAAUCUCUGUCAGACAAAGAGUAUGAGGAUUUACUUUUAGACAAACUCCUCAGAGUUGAAGCAGAAAUCGGUGUACUGGAUGACAAGAUAGCAAUUCUACGAGCAGCAAGGAACGAACACGUUAGCUCCCAGAAAAAGGAGCCCCAAAGUCGUCCGAGCUGA